CCCGCAUCCCUGCUCCGCUGAAACAGCCACUGGAGAAGCAGGGGAAGCAGAGGGGGGAGAGCAGGACAGGAAAGGAAGAGAGGGGUGAAAGCAGAGCUUGGUGGCUCACCGCGCUGCGCCAGCGCCAGCCUAGAGGACUGAGGGGAAGCCCAGCCCCUUGGGAGAGGGAUCGGAGACAAAGGAAGCUUCAUGUUCAAAGGGCAGGUGGAGAGCAAAAACGAAGCCGCCAUGUCUGAACUGGUCCCAGARCCGCGGCAAAAACCGGCUGUGCCAAUGAAGCCAAUGGGCAUUAAUGCCAACUUGCUGGGCUACAUCGGGAUCGACACCAUCAUCGAGCAGAUGCGCAAGAAGACCAUGAAGACAGGUUUCGACUUCAACAUCAUGGUUGUAGGUCAGAGCGGGCUGGGGAAGUCGACGUUGGUGAACACCCUCUUCAAAUCCCAGGUGAGCCGCAAAUCUUCAGGCUGGAACCGUGAGGAGAAGAUCCCCAAGACGGUGGAGAUCAAAGCCAUUGGACAUGUCAUUGAAGAAGGUGGUGUCAAGAUGAAGCUGACUGUGAUUGACACCCCAGGAUUUGGGGACCAGAUCAACAACGAGAACUGCUGGGAACCUAUUGAGAAAUACAUCAACGAGCAGUAUGAGAAGUUUUUGAAAGAGGAGGUGAAUAUUGCAAGGAAGAAACGAAUCCCAGACACACGAGUGCACUGCUGCCUCUACUUCAUCUCCCCCACAGGCCACUCCCUGCGGCCUCUGGACCUGGAGUUCAUGAAACAUCUCAGCAAGGUAGUGAACAUCAUCCCUGUUAUUGCCAAGGCUGACACCAUGACUUUGGAGGAGAAGACUGAAUUCAAACAAAGAGUGCGCAAAGAGCUAGAAGUAAAUGGCAUCGAGUUUUACCCCCAGAAAGAAUUUGAUGAGGACCUGGAGGAUAAAACAGAGAACGACAAAAUCAGGCAGGACAGCAUGCCGUUCGCAGUGGUGGGCAGCGACAAGGAGUACCAGGUGAACGGCAAGAGAGUCCUGGGCAGAAAAACACCUUGGGGGAUCAUUGAAGUGGAAAACCUCACUCACUGCGAAUUUGCCCUACUUCGAGACUUUGUCAUCAGGACCCACCUUCAAGACCUAAAAGAAGUGACCCACAACAUCCACUAUGAGACCUACAGGGCCAAGCGGCUGAACGACAACGGAGGGCUGCCCCCCAUGACGGCCGAGACAGAGGAAAGCCAUGAAAGUAACCUGUGAAUGACCCUCCCUGCUGUCACCCGCUGUCUCUGCUACCCUUGAGCCUACCACGGGCCUGUCUCUGAAGCAUGUGGUGCAUCCUGUGUGUGUGGGAGAGGAUGUGUGUGAGUAUGUGUGUGAGUGGACCUGUGUGCCAGGGAUGGACCAAGGGCACCUCCUCUCUCCCUCCCUGUAUGUCCUCAUUUCUGAUUUGCCUUUUGCACUGCGCUGACUGUCUGUCAUCUUCCUUUUUCUCAUGUUCUGUGGCUCUGAUGUGUGUUUUGCUUAGGGGAAAUAGUGCUGGGGGGGUUACUUGGGGGGCACRAGGGCUCUGGUGGUGGGAGGUGUGGGGUAGGCUGUAGUCCCAUGUUUAUCCCUUAGAAACACAGCAAGGAGAGACUCCAAGGCUAGAUGGUGGAGUCAGUGCAUGCAGCAUCUUCCAGUGAGGGCAGCCAAGCUCUCUGAUGGGCCUUUGUGGGUGGGAAGGCAGUAGCUGGGCUGGAGGAGGGCAGUAGUUUAUCCCCACUUCUUGCUGUGGCUUCCCCCGGGAAAACAGAAACAUGGAAGUGGCUGGAGGGGAAGGUGACACASUCACAUGUUCCGAGGUGCAGGCACUGACUGAUGGGACGCACAGAAUUAGUUCUUGGGCCUCAGCAUCUAUCUGAGAAGUGUCAAAGUACUUGGGCCAAAGUACUCCAGGGAAAUAGCUCUGUUAAAAAAAAAAAAGGGGGGGGAAGGGGUAAAAAGGCAAAACCAGAAGGAGCAGAAUGUGUUUCUGCRGCAGAGGAUGUCAUGUCCUGAGGCUCCCCUACCUCAUGCCUGGCUGCAGCAGUCUCUUUGGCCUCCCUCCACCACCACUGAGCUGGUCCUGGCCGAACCUUUUCCCUGCAGCCCUGUCCCAUUGCUGAGGGGUGCAGGGAACACUGUGUCACACAGGGCUGGCUGGGGACUCCUUGGGGACAGCUCUGCUCAGCACAUGGCCUUUGGGCUCUCAGAGGGGUCUGAGAGAGUCACGGAGAGUGAUGCACUGAACCAGGGUGUCUCCUUUGGUCUCCACCGUGGGAGACCAAGAAAACACACCGUGGGAACACAAGAAAAACCUUCUUUUCACUAAAACAUCCGUUUGCUUCUCCAGCACUCUUAGCCUGUGCUGGCCUGCUGCUCCUCUUGCUGCCCU